AUGAUUCGAAAGGGGCUACGCAAUCCAUUGGAUGAAGCUCAAGUACGUCGUGCGGUACUAGCUUUAGAAACAUUUGUGGCGAAAAAGCGUGAAGAAAGAAGCAAGACGCCAUUGGUCGAGGAUGUCGAGUAUGUAUCGUGCAUCUUGACGCGCAAAUUAGUGCCGACCAAGACGUCGUUCAAGCCUAUUCCUAUCACGCUGCCGCAUGCAUUAUACGACGAGUCAGCUGAGAUUUGCCUGUUUGUCAAAGACGAGGACAAGAAACGGAUUAAAGAAGCAUUGGAGAAGGACCCUGUGCAAGGUCUUACCAAGAUCAUGACUGUGAAGAAGUUACGCAAGAACUUUUCGCGUUUCGAGGACAAACGUGCUCUGGCCGCUGCGUACGACAUGUUUUUGGCCGACGACCGUGUACUGCCAUACCUCAAGGGCCCGCUGGGCACCAAGUUCUUUACAAAGAAGAAAACGCCUGUGGCUGUGCGUGUAUCUCGGAAAAAUGUAGCAGCGAGUGUACGACUGGCCGCACGUCGGACGGCUUUCCACGUAAGCGCUGGCGUGUGCAAUAACAUUAAAGUGGCGCGGCUGGAUAUGACUCCAGAGCAGAUUGUGGAUAAUAUCAUGGUGGCCACGAAUCAAUGCGCCACUCUUGUUCCUAAGGGCUGGAAUGGCGUGCAGUCUAUUAGUAUAAAGACUAGCGACUCGGUUGCUCUGCCUGUGUACAAUGCACUGGCGCCUCUGGCGAAGCUACCUCCUGUCGGAAAGACUGCCAAUUUGAAAAAACGAAAGCUUGACGAGUAUGCUGCUGAAGCGGAUAAAGCAGAAAAGGAGACACAGACAAUUGUUGAAGAGAAGGAGACGAAAACAAAGGAUGCAAAGGUGGACGAAGCAGUAAAGAAGACAUCUAAGAAGCAGAAGAUUGAACUUGAAGAGGUUCCGACACCCAAAGCAGCUAAGAAGAAGGCUCCGAGUAAGAAGAAAGUGGCAAAGAAGAAGUAA